UCGCCGGCGUCUCCGAUGCUCGCUGCCGACCGAGCCGUCGCCGCCCUCUCGCCGCCGCCUGCCCUUCGUACCCGCUGCCUGAGUCCGGGAGGAGAGAAUGACCGAGGUGCUGUGGCCGGCUGUCCCCAACGGGACGGACGCUGCCUUCCUGGCCGGCCCGGGCUUGCACUGGGGAAACGGCACAGCCGCCGCCACCGCCGCCGCCGCCGCCGCCUCCUUCAGAUGUGCGCUGACCAAGACCGGCUUCCAGUUCUACUACCUGCCGGCCGUCUACAUCUUGGUGUUCAUCAUCGGCUUCCUGGGCAACAGCGUAGCCAUCUGGAUGUUUGUUUUCCAUAUGAAACCCUGGAGCGGCAUCUCCGUGUACAUGUUCAACUUGGCCCUGGCCGACUUCUUGUACGUGCUGACUCUGCCAGCCCUCAUCUUCUACUACUUCAAUAAGACGGACUGGAUCUUCGGGGAUGCCAUGUGCAAACUGCAGAGGUUCAUCUUCCACGUGAACCUCUACGGCAGUAUCUUGUUCCUGACGUGCAUCAGCGCGCACAGGUACAGCGGCGUGGUGUACCCGCUCAAGUCCCUGGGCAGGCUCAAAAAGAAGAACGCCGUCUGCAUCAGUGUGCUGGUGUGGCUCAUCGUGGUGGUGGCGAUCUCCCCCAUCCUCUUCUACUCGGGAACCGGACUCCGAAAAAACAAGACCAUCACCUGCUAUGACACCACCACAGAUGAGUAUCUGCGAAGUUAUUUCAUCUACAGCAUGUGCACCACCGUGGCCAUGUUCUGUGUCCCCUUGGUACUGAUUCUGGGCUGUUACGGAUUAAUUGUAAGAGCUUUGAUUUACAACGACCUGGACAACUCCCCUCUUAGGAGGAAAUCCAUCUACCUGGUGAUUAUUGUUCUGACUGUCUUUGCUGUAUCUUAUAUCCCUUUCCAUGUGAUGAAGACGAUGAACUUGAGAGCCCGGCUAGAUUUUCAGACCCCAGAAAUGUGUGCUUUCAAUGACAGGGUGUAUGCUACUUACCAGGUGACAAGAGGUCUAGCAAGUCUCAACAGCUGUGUGGACCCCAUUCUCUAUUUCUUGGCUGGUGAUACUUUCAGAAGGAGACUCUCCCGAGCAACCAGGAAAGCCUCCAGGAGAAGCGAGGCAAAUUUGCAGUCCAAGAGUGAAGACAUGACCCUCAAUAUUUUAUCCGAGUUCAAGCAAAAUGGAGAUACAAGCCUGUGAAGGCACAAGAAUCCCCAAACACCUCAUUUGAUACCAUGGCCAAGAGAAGUAUCUGGAAAGAUCUAUGCUAAAGGUGAAAACAUAUAGAGGGUCAGGAUGAAGCAGUGAUCUGUCAGCUGAAAAGCUGAUUCGUGCCAUGUGAUGAUGUGAGUAAGUAUUUUAAUUGUAAAGGCAGAAAUAGGUUGAAAUUUGGAUGGAAAAAGUUAAAAAACAUGUUAGUACCAAGUUCAAGGGGUUUUAUUGCAUAGAAAUCAUGCUCUUUGACUCUUGAAACAUCAGUCUGUAUUUACAAUGAAAUAAAAAUGCAAACCAAGAUGAAAUAUACCAUGAAAGUCAGAACUCAGAUUUAAAAUCAUGAUGUAACUGCUGGGCCAACUGUGGGACUCCUGACCUCUUGAAGACCAUUCUUUAUGGAUUGAAAGGGUUAAAUGACGUCCAUUUGUCGAGGUGCAGGCAAUGUGGCAAAGCUUGCAAAGUAGACAGGAGUGCAAGGAAAUCUGCUACCCUGUUUUCCAGGACUCUCUAGUCUGGUCUUCGGUUAAAUAUACUUACAAGUUUCAGCAGUUGUGAUGUGACAGGUCAUAACCUGCAAGUCUUCUCUGUCUGCUCGUAUAGUAUGCUCAGCUGGGACUGGAUGCUGUAGAUGUUACUACUUACCCCAGCUGGAAUUCAAGUAGUGACAAUAUUGGAAGAUGCUACACUAAUUAGGACCUGCUGAAGCUUUACCUUUGCUGGUCCAACUGCAACUAUUGUAAAAAUAUUUAUUGAAGCUCAUAGUCUUUCAGUUGUACAGAUUGAAAUACUUUCUUGAAAGAUCCAACAUACUGAUGUCAAUUAUAUUUAUUAAGAUGUCACACUGGUGUAUUUUACCUAAUCUGUGAUGCAUAGAUAAAAUGAGAAUUGUGUACCAUGAUGCUUUUCAAAUAUCAAUAUUUUAAAAUGUAAAUCUUCAGAAUUUUGUAGGUUUAAAAUAAGAAAAUCUGUUUCAUGAUACAAGUGAUUAAUUUUCCCUAGAAAUACAUUUGCAUGUUUGCCUUUUUGUUAUGUCUUUCUACAUGGACACGAUUUGGUACAGUUUGGUAUCAGAUUAUCCUAAGAUUAAUUGUGAAUAUAAAGUAUCUUAGCCAGACUGGAUCUGCAUUGUCUAUAUUUUAUAUAUAUUAUAUAUAUAUUAUGUUGUCUUUUCUAGAGAUUUAGAGGUUUAGAAUUUUGACCUCAACUAUGGUCAGAGCUUCUACUUUCAAAAGCAAAAGUCUUAUCCUACAUUCAGAGUUAAUCUCUUAUGGUUUAGAAUUCGACAGGUGUGGGCAUUAUAGAUGCAGCAUUACAACUGAAGGACAGACUUUAGGGAGAAGAAGAGAGAAAAAGGCACCUAGUUCAGUAAGUGACUGUUGCUCAAUUCUGAAGUAUUUGCAUUGUGUUUCCUCAUGAACUGAAGUAGCACAAUCUUAAUUUUUUUGACAUAGAGUUUUUGAGUAGCACACUACCAAAAAGUUGAACAUAGGUGUUGAUUUAAAUCUUUUCUUUGUUCAGUUGAUAAUUUUAGUAACAAGUUUUUAGUGAUAAAUGCAUUAUUUGACUGCUGAACCCUGUUACAGUUUUUUUAUUCUGUUGUUAUACGUCGCAUUAUAUACAUCAUCCCAAAUAAAUAUGAAGGUGAAUAUAUAUAUGUUGCAUAUCAAAAUUUGUGAAUUUGAGUUAUAUUACAUUUUAGUGUUUUUGCAAAAAUGUUUAUUUUUGUAUUAUCUGUGAUUUUAAUAUAGAUAAUUGAAUUAGAUUUCUUUGUGAGUAAUAGUGCCAUUGAAUGAGUGGUAUGAAACAGUGUUACUUGACAUAUUGAGCUUUCUCAGGUUUAUCUGAAUUGAUGGUAGUUUAACUAGUUGCGCAUAAUAGUUUUUAAUAAAAGGAAAGUACAUUUCCUAUAAUAGCAUAGUGCUGUUUGCAUGCAAGAGUACGUCUUGUACUGUGUGUGUGUGUGUGUGUGUGCGUGUGUGCGUGCGCACACCUAAGGCAUGGCAGCCAGCUUUGUAUCCACUAUUUGUAGUAACAGCAGAGCUUCAUAAUCCUGGGCACUAGAAUUGUAUUUACCAUAGACAAUAAAAGCUGAAAAAGAUUCAAUAAAACUAUAAAACAUGG